AUGCCUGUUUCAGGUGCAGGAAUUCGCUGUCUAAUAUGUACAUCUAUAACAGCGAACUCUGCAGAAGAAGCGAUAGCCGACAUGUACGAGGCACGAAGGGCCGGCGCUGACCUCGUCGAGUUCCGUGCCGACUACCUCGCCGAGGGGGAGUCCUGGGAGCGGGUAGUAGAUCAACGGCCUCUGCCUAUGGUUUUCACAUAUCGUCCUGUUUGUGAGGGAGGUUUAUCCGAUAUGAACGAUCACGAGCGAGUGAGGCUGUUGCAGCGCGCUGUUCAACACGGCGUUGAGUACGUGGACGUCGAACUCGCGAACAUGGACCUGUUUCGGAUGCCGGAGAGCGUCCAGCUCCAAGAUGCAUCCACUCGUCCACGACUCAUCGUCUCCUAUCAUAGCUUCACGCGACCAUUAACUGAAGCGGAGCUCGCUGAAAUCUACACGGCAAUCGUGGCAACCGGAGCUGAUAUUUGCAAGAUCGCCAUGAUGUGCCACGACUUGUGCGACAACGCGCGACUAUUUGCCUUACUGAAGCGCACUGCUGGCAGCAAACCUACGAUUGCUAUAGGAAUGGGAGAGUAUGGGCAGAUCAGCCGAGUUCUUGCCGCCAAGUUUGGACCUGCAAUGCUGACGUUCACAACGCUGAGCGAGGCACGGGCGUCUGCACCGGGUCAAUUCCGGAUCGAAGAACUCAUCGAUCAUUAUCGUUUCCAUAGCCUGAACCCUGAUACCACAGUCUAUGGGGUUAUCGGGGCACCCGUCAGGCAUUCAAUGAGCCCGCGGAUCCAUAACCACGCCUUUGGACUCUGCCGUCUGAACCACGUCUACCUUCCCUUUCUCGUUCAGGACGGCUCUAAGUUGCAAAAGUUUCUCGAUACCAUGACGCAGUUUGGCUUGCGCGGGGCCAGUGUGACCAUUCCCCAUAAGCAGCGCAUCAUGGAGUGCCUGGACGAAUUGGAUGAUGUGGCGAAGCAGAUCGGGGCAGUGAAUACGAUCGUGGUGGAUCCGCUCACGGGCCGACGCAAGGGCUAUAACACCGAUUGGCAGGCAGCGGUAGAUGCAGUAUCCGAGACCUUGAUGCCCGGAAUCGAACAGGGGCAGGCUCGCUUGACGGCACUCCAGCGACGCCAUGUCGUCCUCCUGGGAGCCGGUGGUGCGGCACGGGCGAUCGCCUUCGGGGUCGUACACUGCGGCUGCGGCAAACUCACUAUCGUGAAUCGUACCCUGGAAAGAGCAAGAUCGCUCGCAAAUGAUUUGAGUCCUUUCGGGAAGACAGAGCUAGUUGCGCUCUCACUAGAGGACUUUUGUCAACAGCAGAGGAACCCUGCUACCCGAGAGCGAAUCGAUAUUCUGAUGAAUUCCACCUCCAUUGGCAUGCAUCCAGAUGUGAAUGUCGUUCCGGUUCCAGAGGAGAUUCUGGAGCCGCACUGCCUCGUGUUCGACGCCGUCUAUAAUCCAAUAGAAACGCGGCUUCUGAGUCUGGCAAAGCGACGAGGUUGUCUCACAGUGGACGGGGUCGAGAUGUUCGUCCGACAGGCCGCAGCCCAGUUUACCAUCUGGACGGGCUUGAGGGCCCCGGCACAGGAGAUGCGCAACAUUGUACUCCAGGAACUUGGGCAGCUGGCCCGACGCUGA